AAACGUGCGAUAGCUGCGGAAACUUCAGAAAUGCGGAAUUUAAAAAAAUCACAGUAUUGAAAGACUCUGGUAUCGCUCUUUACCGAUAUUUGCCACAAAUGGAGGAUGUAACAAAAUUAGGCACUGAAACUGGAGAAGUUCUUAUUCUACGUAACACUCGAGAUGUUGACCUCAAAAUAGAAGAAUUGACUACGGAAACAGACAAGAAAACAAUCACCUGCCCGCGGUGUAUAAAAAUGAUUGAACGUGCAAAAAGUUUGAUUAAGGAUCUUCCGCCCGCUAAAAUUCACGAAGUUGCAGGCGUCUGCGACCACUGCUAUCAAAAAGAAUUAUUUCCCUGUCCCUGUUGCGACGAAGUCGUUAAUAAAUUUUUAAAGUUCUGUUUAGAAGAGGAACGUAAAACACAAGAGUAUAGAAAACAAUAUAAGUCGUGGCUUUCUAAAACUCAACUAUCACUUAAAAAAUCUGUGUCAAAUAUAAAAGAUGGUAGGCUAGAGUCUCAAGCGCCUGUGUCCAGAUAUAUUCCCACUAUGAGCCCAGGUCAAGAACCUGCCCCUUUUGCAAUUUAUGAUAAACCCAGGUUUGAAAAUGAACGUGAACUAUUUCAUGAACAAAAGCAUUCUUUUCUUCACAUCUCCGAAGAAGAAAAACAAAGAGUCAAAGGUGAAAGUGAACUUGACAGGGAAAAGAAGAAACGUCAAGCGGAAGAAAAUGUAGCGAAGGCAUUAAAAUCAGUGUCGUUCGACGCUUUAUCUAUAAGAGAUAUGCAACCUACCCUAAUUAAGGUAAAAGGUAUUAAAGUUAUAUCAACGAUUGAAAAAGAUAAACCAUCUACACCAAUAAUUGAAGAACAUAUCCAAUCCCAACCAACAAUGGAACAAGAUAUCGAAACUACAAAAGUGAUGCAAAAAAUGAUUAUACCUAAACCAGAGAUUGAAACAUACAGCAAACCAUUGACUGAAAAAUAUACCAAACCCCAAUCAACGAUGGAAAAAAAAGUAAAACUUAAGUCAAUAAUGAAGAAAGGGGCCGUUAAGAAACCACCUCGUGAAGUUUUUCCGGAAGAUGACACGACGCCUCAGAGAAAAAGGAAAUUGCAAGGUUCUAUAGCUCCUACGACAAAACCGUCUUUUGGAUCAAUUAUCAAGACCCUGAGUGAACCAAAUGUCAGUAACUUUAGUUAUACUUUUCCUCGUGACAAAACUGUAACCAGGAACCAAUUGAAGGGUCAUGUUAGUUCUUCAGAACUAAUUAAAAGUACACAAGACAUGCUUGAUGAACGAAAAGAGACGGAAAGAAAGAAAAAGGAAGAAACUGGAAGAAAACUAGAAGAAGAACAGAAACAAAAAACUGCAGAAAAGACAAUGCAAAUAGUGGAAGAAAGUAAAAAACUAGAGGAAGGGAGGCUAUUAGAUGAAGAAAGAAAAAAACGAGAGGAAGGGAGGGAUAUUAAAUCCGAGGAAAGAAUAGUCAAAGAAUCAGAUCAAUCAGCAAGAAGAAGAAAACAAGAUGGCAAGGAAGCAAUGGAUGCUUCUAAAAAAGAACUUUCUAAACAAGAAAAGGAAUUGAGAGCCAGAAAAGACGAAAAAGAGCAAAAAAUUGAUCAAGGACAAACGAAAAUUAAGCAAAGGGACGAAAAGCAACGCGAUGCUGAAGGAACGUCAGCUUUAAAAAAACUAGGUGCCAAACAAGCGAAAGAUAAAUCAGAAGAAGAAAAAUUGAGAAAGCAACAACAGAAAGACGUAGGACUGGCAGAAAAAAGAGCCACACAAAAAGAACAAGAAAAAUUGAGAAAGCAACAAGAGAAAGAAGCAUCACUGGGAAAAAAAAGAGCCCAAGAAGUCGAAAAAGAUAAAGAUAGAGACAGAAAAGGCGAAAAAGAGAAAAAAAUUGACCAAGAACAAGAGAAAAUUAAGCAAAGGGGCGAAAAGAAACGCGAUGCUGAAGCAAAGUCAGCUUUAAAAGAACAUGUCGCUAAACAAGCGAGAGAUAAAUCAGAAGAAGAAAAAUUGCGAAAGCAACAACAGAAAGACGUAGGACUGGCAGAAAAAAGACCUCAAGGAGCCGAAAAAGUAAUAGAAGCCACACAAAAACAAACUACAGAAAUAAAACAAGCUAAGCUACUAAGUGAAUUAAAGGUACGUGAUGAUAAAAAAGUAGGUAAUAAAACUGAUAAAGAUGACACACUAGGGAAAGGUGAAAAAAGGGAAACAACUGCUAAAGACCAAAAAGGACUGGCAGAAAAAAGAGCCACACAAAAAGAACAAGAAAAGUUGAGAAAGCAACAAGAGAAAGAAGCAUCACUGGGAAAAAAAAGAGCCCAAGAAGUCGAAAAAGAUAAAGAUAGAGACAGAAAAGGCGAAAAAGAGAAAAAAAUUGACCAAGAACAAGAGAAAAUUAAGCAAAGGGGCGAAAAGAAACGCGAUGCUGAAGCAAAGUCAGCUUUAGAAGACCAUGUCGGUAAACAAGCGAGAGAUAAAUCAGAAGAAGAAAAAUUGCGAAAGCAACAACAGAAAGACGUAGGACUGGCAGAAAAAAGACCUCAAGGAGCCGAAAAAGUAAUAGAAGCCACACAAAAACCGACUACAGAAAUAAAACAAGCUAAGCUACUAAGUGAAUUAAAGGUACGUGAUGAUAAAAAAGUAGGUAAUAAAACUGAUAAAGAUGACACACUAGGGAAAGGUGAAAAAAGGGAAACAACUGCUAAAGACCAAAAAGCGAAUGGUGACGCGAUGGCACUUUUGAGGGAACAGCUUUUUAAGCAAAAGCAGCAAGAAUUAGAAAAAGAGAAAAUCAGAAAAGAACAAGAAAAAGAAAAGGAACUCCUUGCUAAGAAACUCAAAGAAUUGGAAAGUAAGAAAGAAGCGAAAAUGGCUGUGAUAAAAGCACCUGUUCUAAAAACUGCACAUGAAGAUUCGGUUGAUGAAAUAAUUAUUGACUCUACUGAGUUACGAAAGCACGAUGAAGUGACGGAUAUUAUUUUAGGCCAGAAAAUAUAUAAGGUUAAAUGUGCUAAGAAAACUGAAGACAAAACACUGAUCUUAGAAUCAGAACAACCUCAGAAACCGGGGCAAUAUUCAGAGCAAAUAACUGCUAUACAGGAACCUGAACUGCAUAAACAUGAACCUGAACUAAAACAAAGAUUUACUCAACAAAAACCUGGUCAACCAACGCUCACGCAAUCCCAACAAAAGUCAUCGACAAGUGGAAAUGAGAAGACGAAGUCCUCUGACUCCGAAGGUGCUAAAGGUGUAAUAACGUAUACUUUAUCCGAUCGCCAGUUCAUCGAAAAUGGCUGGACUAUGCUGCCCACGGAGAAAGUAGUUAGAAAGAUGAACGUUUAUCGCAUGAGGCCAGCCAAGCCUGAGUUCGACUGGUUUGAGCACCAUAAAAACAAAGGAGAGCUGUCAUACGACUCCGGUGAAAAGUUAGCAGAGUUUGACGACAACGGGCGCGGUCGCUGGUACUACAGGACUGGCGAAUUAGCGCUGGAUUAUUACGACGCCGAAGAAACCAAUGCUGGCCAGAGAUUUGUUGUCUACAGCACCGGCCAACCCGAUGAACGGGGCAGAUCCAGACCGCGGACUCUUCUAGCAACCUUCGACUACUCAGGGAACGGCAUCGUGUUUGACCACACUGGCAAAAUACGGUUAAAGUAUAACCAAACCGAAGGAGUAGUUCUCGAUCGAACCAUAGGCCCCGUGUCUCAUUGGAAGUGGCACACACUGAAUGACCCCCCCGUCUUGCAGCAAGUCAUGAUAGAAACCCAAAUGCCAUAUAAAGAUCCCACUAUCCUAGCAAUGGGUGACAAAAAUGCAGACGCUAAGCGACCAGACAAUGAGGAAAUGUUAGCCAUAGAGUUCGAAAACUUUCUGAAGGAGAAGCGUCAAAAGCUAACGCAAUCAUUCAAGCCGUUUCAAAUUAAAAUGAAAGCUAUGAAAAUAAAUGAAUAUUUUUCACUUCGCGUCUUAGACCAAGCAUCGAUAUAUUUGUUGUUUAGAGAUGGUACUACAAAUUUAAAGCUGAAUAUUGGUAUGUUGUUGGACCAUAAGGAGAUCGUGGACACGGAUACGGCGGAGAUAGGCGAAGUGUCGAAUACAUUGGAUAAAUUGCCGGCUUGUACGGACAGUAUAGCAGAAUUGCAGAAGGCCGUGGCAAAAGCGCAAGCGCAGGAGCGAUUCCGUGUGCGCCACGAGAUACGUUUGAAACCUCCCCAGCCGACCGCCAGCGCAGAUGCGCUGCGCACCGGCUGCUCGCGCCCAUUGCGCACACCCGUUGUGCAUGCAUCUUUAUCGUCAUGUGACAAAAUGACCCCUAAACGCUUUAAGCCCUCAUCAAGUUGCAAUUUGUAUUACAGUACACAGUUUCUUUAAUU